AUGAGGUCCUCUUCAAAUGGAAACGGAUAUCGUCCACAUUACCACAAAAAGCUAUUGAUAUCACCAAAAAAUAUCUCGUUUGAUGUUAAUGAUUCUUAAAUCAGUAAACCAUAAUGGACAACAAAAAGCGAAGAUCAAUAAAAAAAUACAUUUAGCUUCUAGCAAAAUAAUUUGUAUAAUGCAAGCACAGCUAUCUGUACAGUAUAAAGUCAUUCAACUAAAGCUUAAAACAUAACUUUAAAUAAUUCAAACAUAAGUGGCUACUUAGCAACAAAUUCUUCUUCUUAGUAAAGAUAUGUAAACAAUACAUUUGAUACUCAAUCUUCAACUAAGAAUGCAACAGUUCCAAAGAAGGUUUACAUUAUCAAUAAAUAAUAAUAGAGUCAAAAUGCUAAUAGCAAUAACACAACUCCUAAAAGUACAGCAAAAUAAAGAUUUAAUUUAAGCAAUUAAAAUGGUUUAUAUGACUAAACUCGAAAGAGAAUAAAAUCAACAUAAAAUAAUACAAAUAUGCAUAAUAAUAGUUCAGCUAAUAAUUCUUUUAAUAACGAAUAAGCCUUAUUAUCUACAGUAGAUUUAGCUUCAUAAGAUAUAAGUGCACAAAAUUCAAGAUUUUCUAGUGGUCCUUCACCAAAAUCAAAAAACUUUGUCCCAAUCACUGCAAAAAAUGCCAGCAAUUAAUAAGCUAUUGUUAUGAAUGCAAUUAAGAGCAAAAUUUAAAAUAUUUUUCAACAACAACAAUAAUAAAGGCAACAACCUCAGUAAUUGCAAUAAUCUACAGUACUACAACCUUCCAUAGACAUUUAAUAGUAUAAAUAACCUAACUAAAAAAAGAGAGAUUUAGUUUUGACAUUAAAGAAAUCAACAGAAAAUUUAGCUGACUCUUUUAUCAAUAGCUGCAAUAUCACACAAAAUGGUUCUACAAAAUCUAGUUAUGUAAGAAAUAAUAAAAUAACUUAAGAAAAUAUUGCACCUUAACAAGCUUAAAAUAAUGAACCUUCUUAUGAUGAAGAAUAUAUAUCAGAUGCCAAAUUUAUCAGUUAGAUAAAUAGAACAAAGAAGCCACCCUAACCAAAAAAAGGGGCAACUGUUCCUACCAAUUAAUCUAUCAAUAAUUUAUAGAGCGCUCAAUAAGAGUUAUAAUUAAAUUACAACAACAAUAACAUAAAAAAUGGAAAAAAAAUAAGUAGAUAUGGUGAAGAAUAUUCAAAGAGAUAAUCUUUUUAAAUGAACGGAGGAAAAUAAAUGUAUUGCCAUAACGAAUAAUUAUAAAUUGAUAAAUGUGAAACCAUAAAUAUUCCAAGUCACAUAUACUCAAAAUCCACUAACCACUCUGCCUCUAAAGGAACUAAAAGUCCCUUUUAAAUUAAUCCCACACCCACAAAUAGUAAUAAUAAUAACAGUAAAAAACCGAAACUUUCUUUAAAUAGUGUACAUCUAAACAAUAGAGCAAGUUCGUUUAGUGUUGAGGAUGAAAAUCAAGUUAAAUUUAUGAAAAACGUUGAGAGUUUUACAAAUUAAUAGUAAACUAAGCUAAAAUCUCUAAGGUAAAUACUUAAUGAUACAACUGAUUAGCGAUAAAAUACACAUGCUUCUGUAAUUUCAACAAAUAAUGAUUAACUUAUUUUAAAUACAGAAAAUACAAAUAAUAUUUUAACUCAAUCUAAAGAAAAUUUAAACAUUGAUAUUAAUUCUGAAAUCAAAGACUGGGCUCUAGUGAAUACCCCUUUAACUCCAGAAGAAACCAUUUAAAAAUAUGCAAAUUAUUUAACAGAUUAUGAAAAAACAGAAAUAAAACUUUUUUAACAAAUUUACUUUAUUGGACAUUAAUGCAAAAAAAAAUUUCAAAAAACUUCUUAAUUCAACAACGGAUUUGAUGACUCAAGAGGAGAAUAUUAGCUUAAUCUUCUUGAUCAUAUAGCUUAUAGAUAUGAAUUACUUGAAUGUUUAGGAAAAGGUUCGUUUGGUUCUGUUGUUAAAGUAUUUGAUCAUAAGAGAAAAGAGUUUUUGGCAUUAAAGGUGAUAAGAAAUAAGAAAAAGUUUCAUAACUAAGCUUUAAUUGAGCUUAAUAUUUUGUCAUACAUUAAAGAAUAAGAUAAAGAUGAAGCCACUAAUAUUGUGAGAAUUAAAGACUUUGUCAUUUUUAGAAAACAUGUUUGUUUGGUUUUUGAACUUCUAUCUAUAAAUCUAUAUGAUCUACUUCGAAAUAAUAAGUACUAGGGGUUAUCGCUAGAACUAAUAAGAAGAUUUGCUAUAUAGAUUUUAAACUCAAUAAAUUUUUUACGGAAAAAUAGAAUCAUACAUUGCGACUUAAAGCCUGAAAAUAUACUACUUAAGCAAGCAAACAAAUCUGGUGUAAAGUUGAUCGAUUUUGGUUCUAGUUGCUUUGAAAACGAAAGAUUAUAUACAUAUAUUUAAUCAAGGUAUUACAGAGCUCCUGAAGUUAUUUUAGGAUUACCUUACGAUACAUCAAUUGAUAUGUGGAGUUUUGGAUGUAUCAUGGCAGAGUUAUUUAUUGGGUAUCCAAUUUUUCCAGGGGAAGAUGAAUAAGAAUAAAUUGGCUAUAUUUGGGAAAUUAUAGGUGCACCAUCAAAAGAUUUUUUAUAAAAUUGUACAAGAAGGAAAUAUUUUUUUAAUGAAGAUUAUACUCCAAAGCUAAUACCAAAUAGUAAAGGAAAGAUAAGAGUACCAAACUCCAAAAUUCUUAAAGCUGUUCUUCAAACUGAAUCUGAAGACUUUACUGAUUUUCUUACAAAAUGUUUUGUAUGGGAACCUCAAAAAAGACUUAAACCUUCUGAUGCCUUAAUGCAUCCUUGGAUAUUAGAAGGUUUGCCACCCGAAAUUAGAAUUCAACACAUAAAGUAUAUUUAAUCUUAAGUAGAAAUCGACAGGUUAACUUAAGAGUAACAGCAAUAUGAUAAGUAAAAUAACAAUUCUAUGACAAGUAGCAUGCCCUCAACUAACUUACCAGAAUCAAAAAACACAGAAACUUCUACUAUACAAUCAAGCUAGAUUGGUAUUAAAGAAAAUAUGUUAAAAUCUGAUCUAAAAGAGUUCAAUUAGUUUGGUAUUCCUCAAAAUUUAAAUGUGUAAAGCAGUAAAAAUGCUUCUGAAAAAAAUAAAAAUAAUAUGUAUAUUCCUUCGCCAGUGAAUAGUUCAGCUAAUUAAUAGAAAAUAUAAAUAAAAGCUGAAAGUACAAAGCACUCUUAUGAUCCUAAUUAAGGCAAUAAUAUAGAAAAGCAACUUUAUUUUAUAUCAUAGAAGAGAAAAUAACAUCAAAAUAAUCAAUAAAAUAUAAAAAUUGAUUGA